AUGGAUUAAAGUAAUCUAGUUUGGCAAUGGUUGAAUGAACCAAAAGAGUGGAAAAACCAAAAUGAAAGGAUCACAAUAGUGACUGAGCCCAAAACAGAUUAUUGGUCCAAAACUCAUUAUGGAUUUAUAAGAUAUGAUGCUCCAACCUAUGUUACUAAGGUGAAAGGUGAUUUUGUAUUCACUUGCAAAGUUAAUUCAGCAUCAAAAGUCUUAUAUGAUCAAGCUGGAAUCAUUUUGUUUGAAGACAAAGAAAAUUGGAUUAAAGCAUCAUCUGAGUACCACGAUGAAAACUAUUCAACUUUGGGAUCAGUGGUAACAAAUCUUGGAUACUCGGAUUGGGGUUAUCAAAGAGUGUCCUCUCAAGUUAAAGAACUGUACUAUAGAUUAAAGAGAAAAGGAUAAGACUUCAAUAUAGAAUUCUCUUAUGAUGGAAAAGAAUUCCACGAAAUAAGAGUGUGUCAUUUACACAAAGAGACUCAAGAGACUUUUGUUGGGAUCUAUGCUUGCAGUCCUCAGGAGUCUAGUUUUUAAGCUGAAUUCAGCGAAUUGAAAUUGGAAUUUAUUCAAUAAUGAAUUAUUAGUUUAAAUUGAAUGCAUUUCUGGAACACUCUUA